AUGGGAGGCAUUCAUCACACUCAUCACCAUCAUCCACAUCAACCGGCAACGGUCGAUAUCAAACCUCCAGACAUGCAUAGUAAGAGUAACAGGUACCACAACGAUUGGCAUGCUCCCGUCGUGUCAACCGCUUAUCACGCGGCAAUGAACGGAAUGCUGGCUCAUCACCAUCAGACGAGUCCGCAGCUCCAUCAUAGUCUUCGCGAUAUGCAAAAUCAUUCCCCUAGUGCAUUACACCACGGUCUCGAUCCUCGUAACGAUCCCUCGGGAGGAGAGGAAGACCCGCAAAGUUCGGAAGACUUAGAGUUAUUUGCAAAACAGUUUAAACAAAGACGUAUUAAAUUAGGUUUCACGCAAGCGGACGUCGGUCUCGCGCUUGGUACUCUGUACGGGAACGUAUUUUCUCAAACAACGAUUUGCAGGUUCGAAGCCCUGCAAUUAAGUUUUAAAAACAUGUGUAAGUUAAAACCGUUGUUACAAAAAUGGUUGGAAGAAGCGGAUUCUACGACGGGUAGUCCGACGAGCAUCGAUAAAAUAGCCGCGCAAGGACGGAAACGUAAAAAACGUACAAGUAUAGAAGUUAGUGUUAAAGGGGCUUUAGAACAACAUUUCCUAAAACAGCCUAAACCGAGUGCUCAAGAAAUAGCUUCUUUAGCCGAUGGCUUACAAUUAGAAAAAGAAGUGGUUCGAGUGUGGUUUUGUAAUAGGCGACAAAAGGAAAAAAGAAUGACUCCGCCGAACACGUUGGGAGGAGACAUGAUGGACGGUAUGCAAGGAGGAGUGGGACCCCCGAUGCACUACGGACACCACCAGGAUUUGCACGGGAGUCCGAUCGGAGGACACAGUCACAGUCCUCCGAUGCUUAACUCACCAAAUAUGACACCUCACAGUUUGACGGAUCAUUAA